CCCAAUGGAACCUUGCUCAUUUAACACAGUCGUGUAGAGCGUUUGUCUAAUGGUCUUUCAGAACAGCCUGAAACAAGAGACCUGAGAGCGGUUACCUGAGCUGCUCCAGGCAUGACUCUCCGAAGACCAGCUGCUCACCUGCCGACAGGCUGGAGGAGGUCCGGAGAUGAGUCCAUGAGCUCCAAAGGGGGCAGCUUGUCCUAUCUUUCUCGGCCUCGGAGCGCCCUUGAAGGCAGACAACUGGACAACUGGCUCCAGCACCUCCACAGGAUGCAGAGUGACCACAAUCCAACUCCGGCGUCCAGCAACCGCACCACGCCUACUCUGGAUAGAGAACCAAGUGGCCAAACCUGCAGACCGUACAGGAGUCCCUCCUUCAGCGGGGUCUCUUCUCCAUGUGGAAGCCAGUGGGGGAGUUUGGUGGGCAGCCAAGACUCCCUCCAGAGUGAGUUCUUUGUCCCCGUUGGACGCAGAGGGAGUUUGGAAAGGGUUCAUAUCAUGCAGACGCCCAAGAAGGAGCAGUCCCAGGUCAGUUGUCUUGCUCCUGUGAAAACCGGGUGGCUCCCAAUCCAGAAACGUGUCAUGAUGGUAGAGGAUGCUAGGAACCAAGGCCAGAUGUCUACACAUCGCUCUGCUUCUCAGGUGAAACUGAAACAAGCCAUCACACCCACCUUUCAGAAGAGUCGAGGAAGCGUCAGCAUGCACCAAGAAGUGGAGAGAAGUCCCGGCAGGACGUGGCGGACACACGACCAAGGAUCUCCCGUCAUUAAACAGGGCUCCGCUGCUCAUGAAAAACACGGAAUCUGGCGUGCUCUGAGGAGAGGCUGGAAUAGCAACAGGACCUCAGAGCCUCCCACACCCAGAGUAGAAGAACCCCGUGAGCAAAGCCCUCAAACAUCUUCCACGUGUAAGGUGUUCAUUCCCUUGCGCAGGGCGAGCAGCGGCCAUCCCGUGACGCCCCCCGACCAGCAGCUCAGGCGCAACAGCUUACAACCCUCACACAUCCAGACCAGCUCCGCCGCCACCACCCUAGUCCCUCAUCACAAAGUUGGUUUCUCCUCCAUCACCAUCUCCAGCAGGAAGGUCACCAGAUCGGCCAGUCUCACGUCAUCUGACAGGCCUGCGUACGACCACCUGGAGAAGACCAGGCAACCUUUGCCUGAUGUUCCCAUGGACCAAACCUCCAGCGGGGUGCAGAGGAAGCCCACCAUCGUCAAAGUGGUGCAACAGAGGACCACGCUCAGCACACAUCCGUCUUCUCUGGACACGCUGGUCCACAGGAGAAAGGCCGCCAUCAUUAAAGUGACGGAGCACAAGGAGAGCUACAGUCCAGCUAGGGAGACAUCUCAGCGCCCAGAUGGGACACACAAGGAAAAUGGUACAUGGAGUCAGGGAAGCCAUCCAGACGACAAAAAUGGCGACAUAUCACACACGUCCACACUGAGACUUCCUGUCAACAACGCUCCCUCGGAGAUCUCUGGACAAAAACCCAAGAGGCCGCUGAGUUGCCACGGCAAUGUCUUCCCGCGCGGAGACGAGCCAAGCGAGGAGAGAGUCCUUCCACCACCGGCUGUCAGGAAAUGGAGCUUGAGCCUCCCUCAGGAGACCACGCCAUGCGACCCCGCCAGCUGGAGCCCUCUCGGCCCAGUCAAAGGUGCGGCGGACGCCUGGAAGCUCAGAAAAGACCAGUGGAGGAGGUCGUCGCCCUGUCUCACGCUCAUUCAGACGCCGGAGCCUCAUCAGUCUCCAGAGGAAGUCCUGGCGCUCAACGCGGCUGCCAUCAUCGCAAACAUCAAACUCCAAAGACAGCUUAGUAAGAAAAAAACAUCACACGGCAAUUUGGAAGGGGAAUCCGCAGCACCCCCCCAGGGAAAUACAGACACACACACCAAUCCUGACGAUAGAGGCAGAGACGUGAGCCAGGAUACGCUUCCUGUCCCGCUGAGUCCCGACCACCAAAGACCACGUGAGAUUAUUUCGCUGCAGGAAGCACUGCGGAGGUCCAGGCCACACUUCAUCUCUCGUUCCCAGGAGCGAGUACGAAAGUUGGAACACAUGGUUCAGGAGAGGAGGCAGCGGUCCAGCACGGCAGGCCCACAAACCAACGCUGCACUCAGGCAGAGGGGAGGCCAGAAAGCGUGGUCCACAAGCGGUCAUCUAUCCAAAUUCAAAGAGGGAGCAUCUGUUGCUGCUGGGAAAACCAAGGAGCGCAGAACAAAUUGCCUGCUAACUGAGGUGAAGAAGAAAAAGGAGGAAGAGAUGAAGAAGAAGAAGGAGGCUUGUUUGACGAAUAGACAGCGUGUGGAACUUUUCAGAAAGAAACUAUUGGAUCAGAUUCUUCACAGAAACAGCAGCUGAGUGGUGGAGACACAGGAAUAAAAAUUGGAGGAGUUGGGCUCUCAAAGUCAAAGGGGACCUAUUAUGCUUUUCCCAUUUUCUUCUGUUAAACGAGGCCAAAGUUUCCCAUAAUGAGGUUUGGAAGUGAGCCCUAGAAGAACUUUGGGAUGGAGCUCUGAACGCUCUAUUUCAUCCAUCCAUCCAUCCAUCCAUCCAUUUUCUAUGUCGCUUAUCCUCACUAGGGUGGCAGGGUAUGCUGGAACCUAUCCCGGCUGUCGUCGGGCGAGAGGUGGGGUACACAGGGGUUGCCAGCCAAUCCCAGGGCACAUAUAGACAAACAACCAUUCACACUCACAUUCAUACCUAUGGACAAUUUGGAGUGGCUAAUUAACCUAGCAUGUUUUUGGAAUCUCGAGGGACUCCGGUUUCCCUGGAGAAAAGCCACGCAUGCACGGGGAGAACAUGCAAACUCCACACAGAGAUGACCGAGGGUGGAAUCGAACUCGGGUCUCCUAGCUGUGUGGCCUGUGCGCUAACCACUGGACUUCCUCACGUCUCAUUUUGAGCCUUGGGAUCAAACUGCCUGGUACGCUAUGUCUGCAGGAUCACUGGGUCACAUGGCCUUGACUCCAUCUUGUCCAUUCGUGGGGUCAGAGGUCACUCAUGUUAGACGUGACGCAUGGCGGGCUUCCUCCGCACCAAACUCCUCCAAACAGAAGACAAGCCAGUGUCCAGUCAUCACCCGGUGCCAGCUAUUAAGCAGCAAAAUGGCGGAAUGUGAACUCUUCUCCUCUCGCCAAGUUAAUGAACAGUGGAUGUUUGAAUGGCGCCUUUGUCAAAACACACACACACACACACACACACACACACACACACACACACACACACACACACACUAGAUCCUGCCACAGCCUUUUAUGCCAACACUAGAAUCCUGAAUCCCGCAUGGGGGUGUAUUACUAUCAUAAUGCUUCAUUUAAAUGGAAUAAGAUGCUUUGUUUUUAGAUUGGACAUGUUGUGUUCAUGGAAAUGACAACAAAGUGCUGAAAUGGGCUGAUUUUCCAUCCAUAGUGGAGCUGGUGCAGUCAAGCUGAGGGAGGUAGAGGCAGAUAAAGAUGAGAUGCAGGCCUUCAA